AUGGCUACCGCACCUCGCAGCAGGGGAGAAGAUUGCCGCUUUUGCCUUAUCAGAACCUCAAACGGCUCCGAUGCUCUCGGUCUCCAAACGACAUCACCGACGAGGGCGAAUCGUACAUCUCACGGCACCAAGCUAUUCAUCACCAACGCAUCCGUCGCCGACGUCUUCGCCGUAUUCGUGACCUCCGAUCGCUCAGCUGGCUAUCGCGGCAUCGCCGCAAUCGUUGUCGAACGCGGCACUCCUGGAUUUGAAAUCAACGAACAGCACGGCAAAAUGGGAAUGCGAGGUUCCGGUACCGCUGAACUCGUAUUCUCCGACUGCGCAGUGCCCAAAUCCAACCUUCUCGGGAAAAUUGGGAACGGCUACAGCAUCGCCCUCAAAAUACUCGACUCCUCACGCAUCACCGUCGCAGCCCAGUGCUUAGGUCUGGCAAAAGGCGCGCUCGACCAAGCUGUCGCGUACGCCAAACUACGCCACGCAUUUGGGCGACCACUCGCCACGAAACAAGCCAUACAGUUCAUGCUCGCCGAUAUGGAAACUGAGCUCGACGCCGCCCGACUCCUUACCUACCGGGCCGCCUCGCUCUACGACAAAGGACUCCCGUACGGCACCGAAUCCGCAAAAGCCAAACUCUACGCCUCCGAAGUCGCUGGACGAAACGUCGACAAAGCCGUCCAAAUUCACGGCGGUAUCGGCUACUUCAAACCAACUCCCGUCGAGCGCAUGUACCGAGACCAACGCGUAACCCAAAUCUACGAAGGUACGUCCGAAAUCCAGAGAUUAGUAAUCAGCCGCGCCGUGAUCGGCGAGAUUUAG